AGUGGGGGUGGCGAGCGGUAGCCCGGGAAACCGAGCCCUAGAGGAACGUCUGGGCUCUGGCCCUCUUUCUCUGUGUGUGUGUGUGUGUAUAUAUGUACACACAUACACACGCGCGCGUGUAUGUGUAUUUAUAUGUUUAGCAGCUGAGAUCCGGCAAACUAGGACGCCAGCGGUUUGUAAGUCAAAGGAUGAAGGUGUGGAACGAGGGGAGGAAGGGAGGCUCCAGAGCAGCCCGCGGCCUGGUUGCUCGGCACGGCUCGAAGGGACGGAGCCGUUCAGGUUUGGCUGGUCUGGCUUGGCCGCGGUUGUUUUGCUGGAGCCAGUGCGGAAACUGACAGCCCUGUGAAUCACUGCUUCUGCUCAGCUACUGAGAUGUCUAAUGAGGUAAUCCAGGAGAAGUCGCUCGCUGCCGCCGCGGCGUCCUUGGAUGGGAAGGCGCCUGUGGAGAGGGCAGCCAUAAUCCACCAACACAUCGGCCGCAGGGAGAUGACGGAUAUGAUCAUUGAGACGAUAAAGCCAGAUCCAGAUGAGGUGAAAGUGAUGAUGGAAAAAGGCAGCACAGCUGAGGCUUCCUCCACUGAGGAUUGCAGUAAACAUGACAGCCAAAGUGGAGGCAUUGGGACUACGCCAGAUUCUCCAUCGAAGCAGCUACCUGACCAGAUUUCCUUUUUCAGUGGGAAUCCAUCUGUUGAAAUAGCUCAUGGCAUUAUGCACCUCUACAAGACAAACAAAAUGACCUCUUUAAAAGAAGAGGUGCGCCGCAGCGCCAUGUUGUGUAUUCUCACAGUCCCUGCCACAAUGACCAGCCAUGACCUCAUGAAGUUUGUGGCUUCCUUUUAUGAUGUCAUUGAACACAUGAAAAUCAUCCGAGAUUCUACCCCAAACCAGUACAUGGUCCUAAUCAAGUUCCGAACCCAGGCAGAUGCAGACAGCUUCUACAUGGCUUGCAACGGUCGGCAGUUUAAUUCCAUAGAAGAGGAUGUUUGCCAACUAGUCUAUGUGGAAAGGGCAGAGGUCUUCAAGUCGGAAGAUGGGGCCAGCCUCCCCGUCAUGGACCUGACAGAGCUCCCAAAAUGCACCGUCUGCUUGGAGAGGAUGGAUGAGUCUGUCAACGGGAUUCUCACCACGGUCUGCAAUCACAGCUUCCACAGUCAGUGUCUGCAGCGGUGGGAGGACACCACGUGCCCUGUAUGCAGGUAUUGCCAGACACCAGAACCUGUGGAGGAAAACAAGUGCUUUGAGUGUGGAGUCCAAGAAAACCUUUGGAUAUGCCUCAUCUGUGGGCACAUUGGAUGUGGGCGUUACGUGAGUCGGCACGCAUACAAGCACUUUGAGGAGACGCAGCACACCUAUGCCAUGCAGCUGACCAAUCACAGGGUCUGGGACUACGCAGGGGACAAUUACGUUCACCGUCUGGUGGCCAGCAAAACAGAUGGGAAGCUGGUUCAGUAUGAAUGCGAGGGGGAUGUGUGUCAAGAAGAGAAAAUUGAUGCCUUACAACUAGAGUAUUCCUACCUGCUAACGAGUCAAUUGGAGUCCCAGCGCAUCUAUUGGGAGAACAAAAUAGUCCGAAUAGAAAAGGAUACAGCUGAAGAAAUCAACAACAUGAAGACAAAAUUUAAAGAGACUAUUGAGAAAUGUGACUCACUUGAACACAAACUGAAUGACUUACUGAAGGAGAAGCAGUCAGUUGAAAGGAAAUGCACGCAGUUAAGCACCAAGGUGUCCAAGCUCACCAACGAGCUGAAGGAAGAGCAGGAGAUGAACAAGUGCUUGCGGGCCAACCAGAUCUUGCUCCAGAACAAGCUGAAGGAUGAGGAAAAGCUGCUCAAGGAGACUUGCGAGCAAAAGGACCUACAGAUCACCGAGAUCCAGGAGCAGCUCCGCGACGUCAUGUUCUACCUGGAGACACAGCAGAAAAUCAACCACUUGCCCGCUGAGACUAGACAGGAAAUCCAGGAGGGACAAAUUAACAUUCCCAUGGCCUCUUCAGCUGGUUCGUCCGCAGGAGGUAGUGGGAAGUCUUCCUCCCGGAAGGGGAGAAGCAAAAGGGGCAAGUGAAAAAGUGAGGCGGAGGCGACCGAAGUGACCACUGUUGGCCGCAGGAGGGGUGUCGGGGGCAAAAUGGGAGUUGUCUGUUCAGCAAAAAUAGGCUUGAAAGUCUAGCCAGGGAUCGGUGAUCAGUUUCUGGAUUCUUUCCUAUCCCAUUGCACUAACUCGUGGCAACCGACAGCCUUGAAGAUGCCUUUUCCUCUGCUAGCUAGCUUGUCUUAGGCAAUAUGUAGUGGUCUCUAAACCAGCUGCCAGGCUUGGUAUACCUCCCCCGUGCUGCAUCCUUGGGAACACUGUGUUUCAGCUCUAGGUGUUUUGCUUGAGACCUUCUUUUAAAACAAGCGCAGAAACCAAAACGACGACAGAGCCUUAGGCUUUAGUUCUGCAGCAGCAGGAAGGGCUGUUGCUGUUGCCGCCAUCACUUUACAUCUUCUGUAUUCUGAAAGUUAUACUUAAAUGUCGGCUUUUCUGACCAGGAUGAGGGGGGAGUGCAGUUGGUUGCCUUGGGGAGAGGUGGUUUAGGGCAGGAGGAUUGUCAGCUCAGCUCGAAAGGAAGCCUGAAAAGGUGCUGGAGGAUAUCAGGGCUGCAGUCCUUUGACUGGGGAGCCUGCCAGGGAAAUGUGCCUCCCUUUCUUGAUAAGCUUUUUGUCCUCAUGGUCGUGCUGCAGCAGUGGCCGGGGUUCAGUUCAUGUCAUCUCCCUCCCUCCCUCCCUCCCUCCCUCGUGUUCUCCCGCCAUGCUUGGCCCCUGAUGAUGCAUUAUGUGGGGUAUUGCCACAUCCCGAUUCCCAUCCUCGCCAUUUUGGGCGAUUUUCAGCGAAGUGUGUUGGUGCACGCUUGCCUUGUCCCCAGCUCAUAGUUCCCUCCCUGUCCCAUGCGUGUCCAUUGCACGAUUCCAGGCACAGCAUUCUGCCACAGGAAGGCACUUGAACGUGACGAGUAAACCUCUCUUCUCCUCCCAUGCCCUCAGGUCUCUGCUGCUGCGAACCACCUUUUCUCAAAAGGAGGCACGUUUUGGGAAAUAGGCGCUGGGGCGUUGGUUCUGCCCGGUUUUGUGCAGGCAUCCACAAAGGAAGGACGCAGAGUCCAAAGCAUGGGCCUAAAAGCUAACAAAGGGCCUAGCGCAGGCUGGGGAGCUUGGGUCUUUUGGCAAAACACCAGGUUCCCUGGGUGCAGGCUUUGGCUGGGACAUUCUUCAUAGCAGGGUUGCGCUUAGCAGCCAACGUUAGAUCCAGAUCCAGCUAAACACCUGGUGAGUUUUAAGAGCAUUCAGUUUGCACAGUAACUCGCAUCACCCACCGUUCCUUCAGCGCAGGGUCUGGUCCCUCUGGUCCAGGGCCAAGAUCCUGUGUCGUUGCUGUUCUGCCUCUUCUAAGCUAGAGUCGAAAUCCAGGACUUGUUCUUGGCUUAUGAAACUUGGCUUCUUUGGGAGCAGCAAGUCCAGGGGUCAGGUGGGGGGAGGCUGUGCAGUGGGGAGGAGCCAGAUUGGACAGAUGGAGAAGCUGCGCGCGUGACACUAGCCUGCAGCACCUUGACCUUCCCAUUCUUUGCAGUCCCAUGGUUUCUGAGCUUCUCGACAUAGUGUUUUUCCUAAGUAAAAACCAUAGGGCGAAGGCGUUUUAAAAUUCAGUGCGCACGCAUGGCAUAGGGUUGUCCCAGAGAAUAUGAGCCAUGAUAUCUGUCACGCAGCACCUUCUGAGGCUAUUUUUAAAAGGAUCCUGAUUUUUUUUUGCAUUGCAUUGCAUUGCCUUGAUUGUUGCUGUGUUCUCUUUUGCUUCCUUCCUGCCCUCACCAAUUUCCCUUGAAAUGAGGAGGAAACGAGUGAGCGGCUGCACGAUCAGACGUGGAGAGGAGGAAGGUCAGAGUUCAGAAUUAAAUAGGAGCUGGGUGCACCGAAAAGGAUAACUUCAAAAGUACAUUUUUAUUAGCAAACUUGUUAUCCAACCAUUGGGGGAGUGUUUCUCAACCUCGGCCACUUUAAGCUGUGCGGAGUUCAACUCCUGGGAGUUGAAGUCCGCACAGCUUAAAGUGGCCAAAGUUGAGAAACACCACAUUGGGGUGUGAACGAAGGUCUCCUGUUGUGCUGUUGCUUCAGCCGAGAGGCUCCUACCAUAACUGAUCAAGAUCCAGAUAGUUUUUAGAGGGGUUUCCUGUUCUGUGAUGUAACUGGAAGAUCCCACUUACGUACAAGUAAGAGCCAUGUGAAAUCCUCCCAUUGGCUUAGCUGAGAACCACCUGCCUUUUCCAAGGGUAGCGCAUAGCUUGAUUGGCACUUAUAACACCCAUCAGUGUCUACUUCUUAAAAAAAAGAUCUGGACUGUAACAUCAGCAACGAGACUAUAUUAAACUGGAUAAAAGAGAA